UCAGUCACGUGACUGCCUCGCUCGUGUUUGUCCGUCCAGUCGAGUCUCCCUCUUUAGCACAGGACGGUUAGCACCCACUGCGGCACCAUGUUCCGAGCCGUGUUCCGACUGUCAGCCACAGGGGCCCGGAGUCUGGCUCGGUCACGACCCUGCUACUCAGCUCCAUUGGCCUCCAGGUGUUACUCUCAUGGCAAAGUGGAGACAGACGAGGAGUUCGACGCCCGUUGGGUGACUUACUUCAGCAAGCCUGACAUCGAUGCGUGGGAACUGAGGAAAGGCAUGAACACUCUGAUUGGUUAUGACCUGGUACCAGAGGCCAAAAUCCUGGAUUCAGCACUCAGGGCUUGCCGGAGACUGAAUGACGUGGCCAGCGCCAUCCGCAUCCUCGAGGCUGUUAAGGACAAAGCCGGCCCCCAUAAAGAAAUCUAUCCCUUUCUGAUGCAAGAGCUGAAGCCAACCCUGUCAGAACUGGGAAUCUCUACACCAGAAGAGCUCGGCAUGGACAAGCUAUAAACUGUCGAGGUCGUCUGCGUCAUAAAGAGAUGAACUCCUCCGAUUCUCUUCUGUCAUAUAUGUCGAUAUUGUUGAUUAAAUCCAUGCUGUCCUGUUCUGUACAAAAUGGUGGACCUAAUAAAGAAAAUAGUUUCA